CUGUUACGAGUAAUCCACAGACUAGAGUUAAUUUAGGCAUUCUCGAGGCGAUCGAACAUUGGGCCACGUGAUAACAUAUUUGCGAUAAGGACUAUUUUAAGAAUUCGGAAAAAUACGCCCAUAUCUUAACGUUGCAUAUAGGGAAAACGAAACUGUCCGUGUAAUGAAAUUUCGCAAUUGAAUUUACCUAGCAAAAAUCAGUUCUAUUAUAAGUAGUUCAGAAAGGAUAAACAUUAUAAGUGUGUUCGCUUGAAAUAAAACGAGAAAUGUUUUAUUAUUAGAAUCACCAUCUGAAUUUUAGUUCGGAAACAUCCGAUGGAUUAUUUUGUCAAUUGUACUGAAAGCUACACCAGGGCAGUUAAAAGAGAGCCUUCCUGUUGCAGGUCAUUGAAACUCGACACCAAUCUGGUAGUGCAGACAGGCAGUGGUUAUCGUUCCUAGCGUAGUAGACUUGCAGUUACCGUUCCUAGCGUAGCGAAAGCAUACUGACGUGCAAAACACACUCACAGCCUUAGUCCUUCGCAAGCGAAGAACUAAUUAAUAGAUCUAGAAAAUACAGUCGUCAAGACAAUGAGCAGUUAUCAUAAUAACGUACAUCCAAUUACAAGUCAAUGAUGAUCUGACUGAAACGUUCCUAUCAAAAUCAAAGCAAUAUGGCAAAGUGUUUAAACAUAUAAGCAGCCAGGCUGAUGUCAACAUUAAAUUCAACUCUGGUACCAAAUGUCAAUAUUGGCCAAAAUAAGGCCAGACACAAACCUAUUUUCCAUGCCAUUAAAAACAUAAGAUUGAAAACAAACACAAAAUCACGGCAACAAAAACAAUAGCAAAAUAUCAUGUAGAUUUAAACAAGGGGACCAUUGAUAACAAACGUGUGCACAAUACAUAAGUCCUUUUAUUAUAAGUGGCUUCGUAUUAUUUUUAUGAUGGCGUCUGCAAGACAGAAGCCCGGGGCUGCAUUCUUUGUGUUAAACUGCGGGGUACAAGAUGGACCGUCAUCGAAUAUAUUUAGAUACAGAGAUGGUGCAGGAUACGAUCAGGACAACAUGCAUUAUUUGUUCAUAACGCAAUUCGGCUUUGAACUUAUCAACACACAGAAAACAAAAGACUUUUAUAGAAGUGAUUGGGACCACACCUAUAAUCCAACUAAACGCGAAUGCCCGAAAGGAGCAAUGUGCAUGAUGUGCUUAAUAAAGCAAACGGACUAUAGCAGCUACGAAAAUAUUGUUGUUCACAUAAGCUCCGAAGGUUGUUGCGGUGACAGUGGUGGUAUAGCCAUUCAGUUUUUGAGCGAUAGCGUUACAGAAUAUAUUCCUCUUGCUAAAAUCGUGGAGGCAUUCAGCGACACGAGCUGUCCAGGUCUCAAGGGCAAAACGCGCAUUCUGAUAAUUCAGGCAUGUCGACACAGUAUAUUAAAGCCGGAAGAAGCCAAUGAUGAUGGAGUCCCUUUCUUGUACGGAAACAAAUAUGACGCAUCUGAAGACGCGGGCAACACGCAUAAUAAUCCUCUUGUUAUCCCCGACGACGAAGAACAACACGAACUACUACCCCCACACGAGGUCCCUGAAGAUUUUCUGAUCGUGUUUUCAACCACGACAAACAGGUAUGCUAAACGAAACACAAAGACCGGUUCCUGGUUUGAGACAGAGCUUAGGAACGCAGUCGAUGCCUUCAGACAAGAUCCGACUAAAGGGCCGGACAUGGAUUUCUUGACAAUUCUUACCGAAACAUCAGACCGAGUUGCUAAGAAAGAAUCUAGGUCGCAGAAUCCGAAUGAAGACGGUAAAAAGAAUGUUCCUUGCUUUGAACAUCGACUAACAAAGCAGAUCAUCUUUCGCUGCUUGCAAAGAAUGCAACUGCUCAACUGCUCUUGAACGUUAGGGUCGGAAUGUUAAGCGACUGUUGUACAGUUUUGUAGAUAUAAGGGAAAUAAAUGCAUGGAAAUAGUGGAAACUAGUCAAACUUAAGCAAACCGAGCGCAUACUCGUUCGCUUCUUCGCUACGUCAAGGUCAACAACAUAGAUCUCCGUAUCAACGUGUGGAAGAACAUUACUUCUCCAAAUUUGGACAAUUGACAACAAUUCUUGUUCUAUAUUGUUCUUAAUGGGGUGUAUCUGCAUGUGAGCUCGUUCGGUAUACGAUAUCAUCGCCUAAAGUUGGUCGUUGACUCGAGUUUUCGAGCCACAUGAGAACUACCAACAAGAAUUUGUUCUUGAUCAUUUCUUGGAUUUGAAUGUGUUUCUAUGUUGUUAUCCUUUGUUUCCAUAUACUCUGUCAUUGUCCUUUUAACCCGAGUUUUAAUAUCAAUACUUCAAUAGCAAAUACUGUUAUUCUGACAUCGGUAGCUUUAAGUUUUUGAAGAAACAUGGCUGUUAUUUUUUGGAUCAUAGUCUUGAUAUAACCACAUAAUUACAAUAUAUAAGGUUCCUCAUGAAGCUCCGCAUUUAGAGAAACAUCAUCGAAUAACUGUUAAUGUUGAAAUAAAAGGACGGCUUUAAAACAAAGAAGGUGCUUGAAUAUUACUACAACUGUUAGUAUUUUCAAUUGUAUUGAUUCAUUCUGAUUAGCAAAUGCACUUUCUGCAUUUAUGCAUAUAAGGCACAAUUAAGUCAUAUAUUGUAAAUUUUUAACGAUAGUAUUCAAUUCUAUAAUGAAUAAUUGGAGUAUUGCAUUAAUAUAAACUCUGAAAGAAUGAUCUUUUAGGGAACAGUAUUGCAGGGAAUAUUUAGGUUGUGUUGCAUUUAUUUGUUGAUUACUUAAUGCAAUAGGCAUUGGAACAAUAUCUUGAAGUAAACAUAGCUCAUUAUAACAUUAUAACAGGUACACCAUUUCUUAGACACUGUUUAUGUUUAUUUUACGUGUAUUGCUGAGUUUGUUCAUUCUGUAUUUAAUUAUAGGAGCUUUAUAUAAAAUAAUGUUGAUUGAAUUAUUUAUUAUAUGUGAAUGUUUAGACGCUGUUAUUUCAAUAAGACUAUAAGAAUAAGACUAUAAGAAUAUAUCACAUUCAAAGGCUCGAUUGUUUCCCUGAUGUAAAAUGCCCCAAUUUGUGAUCAAAGUAAAACUUAAUAAUUUAGUUAUGAAACAAGUGAUUCCUUCAUACUCUUCUUACAUGCUCAUCGGCGGAUUUUGAUAAAACUGAACUUAAAUGUUAAUUUUUAUGUCGCAGUAUGUCAAAGAAGUUUAUCAUAUUGCCUCAUUCAAGGUCAAGUUCAUAUAUAUUUUAGCUGCCUUAAGAAGCUGUUUGAUACAAUGAACAUUCAUUAUUUCCAGAUUAGAUCCGGACAGUGCCUUUUCAGAGACAUAAAAAUGCCUUAUCUUUGCUUAUGAGGGCGUUUCAAUAUUAUUGUAUUGUCAGCAUAUUGCUCCUUUUCUUAUGUUAUAUUAUUUAUUUUGUAUGCUAGAAAGACAAACGACACUGCAAUUGAACCAUGUGUAAUGCCCACUAAUAUGAUUAUCAGUGAAGAAGCAGAAUUGGCAUACAGAAAGCGUCGUUUGCGUUGUAAAACAAAAAACUUAUAUCAAUUGAGAAUCUGAUUGUGUAUAUCUAAUAAUGAAAGCUUUAAUACUAGACAUCGGUGCCAUACUCUGUCAAAUGCCUUGGAAAUAUAAUGAAAGCUUUAA